AUGUACAAUAAAAAAAUCAGUGAAGAAAUAUUGAUUAAAAAAAAUCCGCAAAAUUUAGAAGAUAAAUUAGAAGAAGAAAAAUUUACUUGUCAAUUCUGCGAGAAGAAAUACGAAAAAUACAACAGUCUCGUUCAGCACCGUUCCAAGUACUGUCUAAAGAACCCAAAGGCCUGCCGGAACACGCGAAUAUUCCAAUGUCCGAACUGUAGUUACUUAACAGCGUUUGUGUCGAACAUGUCGCGGCACAUCCGAACUCAGCAUGCAGUUGCAGGUUCCGCCGCUAGUUGGGCGCAAAAGGACUCUAGUGAUCGGUACUCGUGUCCAAAGUGCAGUCGUAGUUACAAAAAUUUCGGGGAUAUGAGAAAACACUUGCGUUUCAUGUGCGGACAGGCUCCCCGGUUCCUUUGUCCUUAUUGCAAUAGGUGCUCGAAUAAUUCUUCUAACAUGUACGUCCACGUUCGCAGGGCUCACAAGGGCAGGGAUGUCUUCUUGAUUGAUGCUUAUGACAGCUCACGGCAUACUAGUUGA